CUCCGCCACUCAGCUGGAGCAGACGUCAUCAUUCAUUCUUAGCAGGGAAGCUAACGCUGAUGCAGAUCACUUCCGCCAGUGUAAACAUGUAGCGGCUUCUGCGGUUCUUACGGUAUAUUCCUUUUAACUAGCGCUCUAAAAAACUGAUGGCUCUUUUAGUGGAAGUAUCGUUAACGGAACCCGACUGGUGCGGUGCCAGCUUGGUUAUUAGCUAACACAGUAGCAAGACAACUAUCAGGGGCCGUGUCUUUAUGAAGGCUACCGUUGCUAAUUAAAACAACGGCUAUUUACUACAGCAAGCAUAGGAACUGUAACAGGGGGUUCGUCAACCGAAAAAUAUCAAGAGAUGAUUUGCAAUAAGAACUCACCAAGAAGAGGAGAGAAAUGAGGACGACUAGAAGUGAUCGCUCGUCGUCGCCGAUGAAUGGAAGACAAGACUGGGAAACCAAACGGAAACGGAAAAUUGCAGACAUCAACCAGGCCCUGAGUGUGGAUCCAGUGGACGUAGCAACGCUGAGGAGGAUGGCAAUCAGUGAGGGGGGACUGCUGACCGAUGAGAUUCGCUGUCAGGUCUGGCCCUGGCUCCUCAACAUCCCCCAACCCUAUUGGAUCAAGAACCUGCGGGAAAACAAUAAGGAUUACAACCAGGUCUUGCUUGAUGUUCAGCGUUCUCUACGAAGGUUUCCACCUGGUAUGCCAGAUGAGCAGAGAGAGGGUCUUCAGGAAGAACUAAUUGACAUAAUCCUGAGAGUGCUGCAACGUAAUCCCCAGCUGCACUAUUACCAGGGAUACCAUGACAUUGUUGUCACCUUCUUGUUGGUCGUGGGGGAGCGCCUGGCAACUGUUCUAGUGGAAAAACUCUCCACACAUCACCUCAGGGACUUCAUGGACCCCACCAUGGACAACACAAAACACAUUCUUAACUAUCUGAUGCCUAUUAUUGAAAGGGUCAACCCUGAGGUGCAAGACUUCAUGCAGCAGGCUGAAGUGGGCACAGUCUUUGCUCUUAGCUGGCUGAUAACCUGGUUUGGCCAUGUGCUCUCUGAUUUCCGUCAUGUUGUACGGUUGUAUGACUUCUUUCUGGCCUGCCAUCCUCUGAUGCCAAUCUAUUUUGCGGCUGUGAUUGUGCUACACCGAGAAGAGGAAGUGUUGGACUGUGAAUGUGAUAUGGCAAUGGUCCAUCACCUGCUGUCUCAGAUUCCCCAGGAUCUGCCAUACGAGACCCUGAUCAGCCGAGCUGGAGACCUCUUUGUCCAAUUUCCUCCCUCUGAAUUGGCCAGAGAGGCAGCUGCACAUGAAAGCAUGGCGACUUCUACCUUUAAGGACUUUGAGCUUCCAUCUACUCAGCAAAAGCCGGACACAGUUCACCGUCGCAGACGCAAACAAAAGCAGGGUUCUCCAGAGAGCUCGACUGUGAGCCCUGUCAUGACUGUGGCACAGCCUUCAACUGCCCGGCGCUUUGUCAGAUUGGCAGUCAUGGGUCUGACUGUAGCGUUAGGGGCAGCAGCUCUUGCUGUGGUUAACACAGCUCUGGAGUGGGCCCCCAAGCUGGACUUAUUUCCUUGAACUACCCUAAAACCAACAUGACAUCUUUUCUGACCUUGACUGAUGGGUCCUUUCCAAGAACGCUCUGACCAUUUUUGGAGUCUAACACUGGCUGGAGAGUGCUAACUAAGCUGAACAUCUUAACACUCCUCUGUUGUUGUCAAGGAUGUGACCAAACAUUCUGCUCUGAGAGGAGUUUAUAAGUCCAUGGCACUUUUGAAUCCUUAAAAGGGUGUGUAGGUUCAAAAGCUGCUGGUGCUCCUAAAUGAAGAAAUUCUCAAUGUUAAAAUGAAGAAAAUAUUUCAAAGGACUGUUGUUAAUUGUGUCAUAAUUAAAGUUUAUUUAUAUUUUGUAAUAGGACGUCUGAUUUAGUGUUUCGCUCACUGAGAUUUAUGCUGAAAGCCUGACUCACUACACUUGAAACUUGCUGCCAAGAAUGAGAGAAUGUGUGUUUGUGUGCAUGUGUGUGUUUGAUUGCAACUCAUUUGUUAUAUGCAUUUGAUACCUGUUCUGAGACCAACUUGAGGAUCCCCUGUAUUUAAACAACUGUAAAAUUUGAGGGAUGUUAGUAGUUUGACUGGAACAUGAAACCAUUUUACAGUCAUAAUUUUAUGGGUUUAAGUUUCUUCAUCCUCUCUUGUUUUUCAAUUGUAGAAUUUGGAUCUUUUUCUGUAAAUGGAGCAUCUUCUAGAAAUGUCAAUCUUCAUUGUGCAUUUUAAUUAAGGUUUGUGGCUAAGAUUAUCUACUUUUCAUAUGGAAAUGCAUACAAAUGGGUAUAAGCAAAGUAGUCUAAUUUACAUACGUCAGUAAUUUUAUUGAAGGUUAACGCUGAUAUCAUAGAAAUGGCUUUUGCAAUCUGGAAAUAAACAAUGACUUAGCAAAGAGUUGCAAGAAAACCCAAAUAUUUAGUAAAACAAUCUGGAAAAUGGCUCCUCUGAGACAUGCCCUUAAAUAACUAUUCAGUCUUCUGUCUCUCUUCUGGGUAAGUUCACACGAAGAAGAAUAAAUGUCUUUGCAAGGUAUCUUUAAAUCCUCCUCUGUAAAUAAGGAUAAUUUCUUAAAGUGGCUAGAGCAUUCACGCUGGUCUACCUGUAAAGUGCCACUCUUAUUCUUUGUAGUGGAAUAAAAUGCUUGAAUUAUGUUGCAGAAAUGCUGAUGACAAAAUCAUAGCACAUUUAGAUCCUGAACCAGAACAGCAUUUUAAUCCCUACAUUUAAGCUUUGUAUUAUAUUGACUGAAUUACAUCUGUCCAACUUUAUUAGAGAAAGCUUACACACUUGAUGUUAACUUUGUGUUGCAGAACCCAGUAGUACAUUUUAAGAGGAUUUAUUUUUAUAUGUCUUGGGAAGCCUGGGUAUGAGCAGCAUGCUGUUCUUUGGCUAUGGGUAUGAAACUAAAGUGUGUGCCUGAACACAGAAGGGUGUGACAAAUACAUGCCAAAUUAUAAGCAGACUACUGACAUUUCAAAAAUGGCUUAUGUCUGGAAAAACAAAUACUACUUGUCUGAUCUCUGGUUUGUCAGAACAGAUUUUCUUCUGGUAUGCAAUUUCACUUUCAAACAUAUCGUAAGCUUUAUUUGAACACGACACUUGGUAAAUUUAGUUUCUGAGUGUGCAAUGCAUUCAUGUUGUCCAAGCUUUUCUAUUCACCUUUUUAAAAAGGUGAGUUUUAUAUCAUUUCCUUUUUGGAAAUGACAUAAAAACUUGUCUUGACAGAAAAUUAGAAACAUGUCAAGUUGGUAUAUUUCUUGAUCUAUGUAAUGUUUUUUUUCCUUUAAUUAUAAAAAUGAUGGCUGCAGAGUGAGGAGUUACCUACAUACUUAUGAUGGCAUAUUGUUCUUUUAAUUCAGCUUCAGUAAAGCAACUCACAAGAGAACUCAACAUUUAUCACUCUGUAUCUGCAUUGUAUUUAAAAGAUUAAGAACCCAUAUUAUGUGCCACAACUGGAAAUGGCUCUAAAUCUCUAAACCAUAAUGAAGAUGACCUGACACAAAGGAAUCUAUGAAAACACCUGCUGAUCAGUAUCACAAAGGAACAAAGGAUCACUUAGUUUUACAUAAGAUGCCACUCAGUGGAAUUUAUUUUCAUUGCACUAAAUGAUGUAUCUGCCUUUUGAUUAUUUUGUUAUAAUAAAACUGAUAUACUAAUGUAAAGUUGUACUAUAGAUUGAUAAUAAACUUGAGUGAAAGUGUUUGCUGUA